GCACGUGUCACCGCUCCGGCCGUGGUGGCCGCUCGUCCCCCGCACCUGCGGCUGGGCGCCCGCCAUGGGGGCGGCUGCGGCGGGGACGCGCGUGUUCCUGGAGGUGCGGAGACGGCUGCAGAGCGCGCUGCUCAUCCUCGGGGAGCCUAAAGAAGGAGGUGUGUCCAUGGAUAUUUCUAUAACGCCAUCCUCACUCCAGGUGAAGACCCCAGAAGGCUGCACAGAGCUCCAGCUUCCAGCAGAGGUCAGGCUUGUGCCGUCCUCCUGUGGUGGGCUGCGGUAUGUCCCUGGAGAUGGACUGCACCUGCGUCUGCAGGUGCGAGCAGAAUCCAACGCCAAACUGGUUUCAAUGUUUAAUCAGAGCUCACAAGCCCAAGAAUGUUGCACAUUUUAUUGCCAGUCCUGCGGUGAAGUCAUAAUAAGAGACAGGGAGCUCAUCAGGGUGCUCCCAUUGCCGAGUGAGAACUGGGGAGCUCUAGUUGAAGAAUGGUGUUGUCAUCCUGACCCCUUUGCUAAUAAGCCACUUCAUCCACAAGAGAAUGACUGUUUUAUUGGAGACUCUUUCUUCUUGGUGAAUUUAAGAAGUGAUUUAUGGCAGCCAAGACCUGAAUUAGCUCCAGUGGAGACAUGCUGUCCUUCUUCUGAGAACCAUUUGAAAUUGAAACCAAAGGCAAAUACCAAAGUAAUUUGUAAGCGUUGCAAGGUAAUGUUGGGAGAGACCAUGUCAUCAGAAACCACCAAGUUUUAUAUGACAGAGAUAAUUAUUCAGCCGUCUGAAAGAAAUUUUCCCAUCAUACCAAGGUCUCAGUUUGUACAGAGCAUUAUCGCCCAGUGUCUGGUGGAACUCUCCACUGCUAGAAGCACUUUUAGAUUCACUGUUCAAGGUCAUGAUGGAAAAGUGUACAUCUUGCUAUGGAUUUUAAACUCAGAUAGUUUGGUGAUUGAAUCUUUGAGGAGUUCCAAAAGUAUCAAAAAGUUCUCCUUACUGGAAGAUAUCUUGAAGGCAGAUUCAGGUUCUGCCUGGAAUGCUGUCAAGGUCCUCUACCAGCCAUGCAUCAAAAGCAGGAAUGAAAAGCUUUCCAGUGCUUGGGAAAGUGACAUCAGCAUCCACUCUCUAACCCUGCCCUCUGCAACCUGCUUAGAGCUGCUGCUGAUUUUAUCAAGGAAUAAUGCCACACUGCCUCCAUCCCUUCGCUAUAUGAAUUCCUUUCAGAUGCUUCAAGCUUGUAUCUUCUGAACCAGAGCUCAUCAUCAUUCCUUAAUCUGGGGGAAAAGUGGGAGAGAGUUACUUGGAAAUAAGUUCUUUUAACAGGUAAGUUCCCUAGUUUUAAGAGUAAUGAUAUAAACACGUACCUAAAAGAACAGGUUAGAAAGCAUCCAAUCUAUACUACUAUUCUUUUUAAAGAAUAUGGUUCCAUUUUCAUUCAAGAAUAGACUAAACCAACUUGUCUUCAAACCUGCUACAGAUAAAGUAAAAAACCCAUUUUCAGGGCCCCACAUUUAUGACAGGGUCCUUUGGCCACAAGGUGCAAUAAACAGUGCAGGGUUUGCCCAGACUCACCUGUGACCUUCCACAGCCUUUCUGGUCAGAGUGGGAAUGGCUGACAAGAUGACUCCAUUUCAUGAUUCAAUAACAAUUUUUCCUUUUAUCUUAUUAUGUCUUGGAGGAAAAAAAGAGAAGGAUUUGUACUGCCAGAACUCAUUUAUACACACUCUAUUAUUGUCCUGCUUACAAAUUUCAAUAUGUCAACCAAAAAAACCCAAAUCAAGCACACUGUAAGUGGGUAAAUUCAUUUAAAACUUAAUUUGGAAUUUCUGGCCGAACCUUUUCAAAACUCAAGAAAAAUAGGGUUCGUUACUCUUUGCCCAGAACCUUCUAGGCCUGAGUAGGCCACAGGAGGCUUUCUGUAGACUUAUACUAGAAAAGGAACUGUAGAAGCAA